AAUUUCCCUGGGAAAAUGUGCGUCGCAUUAAUCCCUAAUCCAUGGCUUCCAGCAAGAGGAGGAGCAGCCAUCGCGAUCGCGCAUUGGAAGAGGCGACGGGUACGCUCAUCGCUCUCGACUUCCGGCCGCUCACAUCGGAGGAGAUUAUCCGUGCCUCCGUGUACGAGGUCAAGACGGUCCGAGCCUUGCAAAACAAUCGAUUCGGGCUUCCAAACUUGAGCGAUUGCUGUACUUCUUGCGGUGCCAAGCGAACGGAUGCGUCCAAUAGCGCUUGCCCCGGCCAUUCUGGUCACAUUGAGCUGCCGGUGCUUGUUUAUCACUGGGAUCGCAUCUCCGCUCUGGAAGCGAUUUUAAAUCGGGUUUGCCUCCAUUGCUACAGCUUCAAGCACAAGGGCCGCAAAAAGGAGCUUAGGACGUUAAGCAGCUUAGAGCAAGUGGCUUCUGGUGUUGAUGCGCAUCAAGCAGACAUUGGAGCGGUCCCAAAUGGCGCUCGGGCUCCUGAGGCCGAGGAAAAUCCUGGAAAAUGCACCGUAUGCAGUGGGCCAGCAGCGGCCGUGAAGAAAAUUUUCAAGAAAGUGGGAACUGCUAAUGUCCCAGCCCUCUUGCUGGAAAUAGACGGCAAAGUUCGCCGCGAGGACAUACCUCCGGGCUUUCAAAGUCUGAUACUGAAAGACGAGAUGACACCACAAUGGAGGUCGAAGAUGCUCGACCCGAAUCAGGUCCUAAGAAUUUUGAAAUGCCUACCGCAAGAGACCAUUGACAAACUUCGAGAUGAAAAGUUACCUUCGAUACCAGCAGAAGAUUAUUUUAUAAAAUCCUUGCCCGUGCCUCCAAACUGGAUGCGCUACAGUACGAAUGAGUUCUAUUUCCAGGACAAGACAACAAAAAACCUGAAGCACCUGCUUACGAAAAUCAAGUCCAUUGUGUACACCCGUGAUGAGGACAAAAUAUCUCUAUUAACUGAACAAAAAGUCAUGGAGAUUCAAGCUGCUGCAACACAGUGCAUUCGUGCAAAUCCACUGUACGGCAACGUUUCAGACGAGGAUCCCCGGUAUGGCAACGUGUCAGAUGAAAGCAAGCCUUUGUCCGGGUUGCAUUUUCUUCGAAGUCUAACAGGCAAAUACUGUGGGUCUUCUGCUCGAGCCGUGGUGAUUGGUGAUCCUGCUCUUAAGCUCGAGGAAAUUGGAAUUUCUGCUAGAAUUGCCGCUGGUUUGGUUGUUCUGGAGACGGUCACAAGUUCCAACAUAAUCUUUCUGCAAAGCUACGCUUACAACAAUCCCGGCCUUAAAGUAGUCAGAGGUGGUGAAGUAUGCACAGCUAGAAGCUGCAAAAAGUUACAGGUAGGAGACGUUAUACACAGGAGCUUGAAAGACGGGGAUCAAGUUUUUGUUAACAGGCCACCGACGUUUCACAAGCAUGCUUUGAUAGGCCUCAAGUCGAAAGUCAUCCGCAACAAUGUUUUUGCUGUGAACCCGCUCAUCUGUCCUCCUCUGUUUGCCGACUUCGAUGGAGAUACGUUGGCUUUAUACUUGCCACAAUCACUCCAAGUGAGAGCGGAGGUCGCAGAGUUGGUGGCACUUCCAAAACAAUUGGUUUCGUCUCAAGGUGGGCAAUCUAUUAUCGGGCUGACACAGGAUGCACUUCUAGGGGCACACCUUAUGACACGCAAGAAUGUCUUUUUAGAUAAACUUGACAUGGACCAGCUGCGGAUGUGGUGUCCCUCAGCAGAAGUUCCUGUUCCGGCAAUUGUUAAAUCACCGAGAAAGAGUCCAUUGUGGACCGGCCAACAACUCUUUCAGAUGACAUUGCCAACGACUUUCGAUUGGGAAAGCGACGAUGGCGGGCUCAUUAUUCGACAGGGUGAGAUUUUGAGAACGUCUGAUAAGUCUUCGGCAUGGCUUGGCAAGGAUGGCCUGAUGACUACCAUUUGCAGAAGAUAUGGCCCCGAUAGAGCUUUGGAGCACCUAGAUAUAGCUCAGGGAAUUGCCGUGGACUGGAUAUCGGAAAGAGGAUUCAGUGUUGGUUUAUGUGACUUCUACAUGGCUGCUGACGCGGUAUCUAGAAGGAAGCUCGAGGAAGAAACUUUGUGUGCCGUGGAGGAAGCAAAGAUCUCGUCUUUGGCACAUCAGAUUGUCUCCGACCCGCGCUUUCAAGUUAACAGUGUCAGCAGACCACGGUGCAACAGCUGGAACGAGCGCGUGCAGCCAGUUACGUCCGUUAACGAAGCGACACAGCAAGCUGCGAUCUCUGCUUUCCAGUCCACCAUGAAAGCUUUUGAGAGGACUAUAGAGGAGCAUGUCCGCGAGAACAGCAGGGAGAAUUCGCUGCUCAGGAUGGUCGAAGCAAACAGCAAGGGUUCUUUUUCGAAAAUGAUGCAACAAGGGGGUUGCCUGGGGCUGCAGCUACGUCAAGGCGAGUUUGUAUACCACCGUGUCAAGUCACUAUUCCCUCGAGCUGUUGAGAACGAGUCAAGGGGCUACCUCACUUCUUCCGAGCUAUGGAAAUCAAUGGGCCUGGUGGAAAGCUCCUUUCUUGACGGCCUGGACCCGCGCGAGUUUUUCAUCCAUUCUCUUUCUUCGAGGAAAGGAAAUGAUGGCAGCCAGCAGCGGUGCGCGUCGUUCUUCAGAUUUCUUAUGAGCUAUAUGAAGGACAUUCGCGUCGAGUAUGACAACACUAUCAGGUCCACGCACGGGGGUCAUAUUUUUCAGUUUUCUUAUGGAGCUACUGCUGAACCAGGAGAACCAGUGGGACUUUUAGCUGGGACUGCGGUCAUAGAACCUGUUUACGAUCAGGUGAUGAGUUCGUCACCACAGGCUUCUACGAUGCUGAAAACACUGCAGAACAUACUGUUCUCAAAUUCGUUCAAAGACAUCGAUCGGUGUGUCACUCUUAAACUUCAGAAGCUUCCGGUUCAACCGGAGUGGAUAGCAUUGCAAGUGCAAGAUUUUCUAAAGCCGGUCACUAUUGGGAUGCUGGCUUCCAAGAUUUGGAUUGAAUACAGUCCCUGCAGCGAAGUUGGCGGGCAGAAGAAAAGAGUGCCAUGGAUUGGGUGCUUCCAGUUGCGAGCGGAAGCAAUGGAAAGGUGCAGUUUGAACAUUGACACAAUUGUGUGUCACCUUCGCAAGCUGCUCCCAACUAGCUUAGAUGAUCCGGAUGCUUUUAUUCAAGGGCUACAUUUCUUUUCGAGGGAUGUUGAAGUGUUAUGCUUCUUCCCAAUCACUUCUUCUGUGAGCAACUAUGAUAGCAAGCAGAUACACAAGCACAUGAUAGGAACAAUGUUUGGAAAUUUGCUUCAAGUUGUCGUGAAAGGAUGUCCACGAGGAAUAGAGUUUGUAAAUGUAAAAUGGGAAGACGAGCUAUGCAUCGAAGUUGCUUUCUUGUCAAGAACCCGAGGCGUUCCAUGGACUCAUGCAUUAGAGGCGUGCGGUUCGAUUUCACAUUUGGUGGACUGGCAAAAGUCUACCCCACUCAGCAUACAAGAAGUGCACGUCGCUUUUGGAAUUGAGGCAGCAUACCAGUACUUAUUGGAGAAACUAAAAGAAUUUACGAAAGGUUGUGAGCGGAUUAUAAACAUAGAGCAUCUGAUACUCAUAGCAGAUGUCGCUUGCCAUUCAGGUUCUGUGAAUGGUUUUAUAGCUGGUGUGCUAAGAAAACCGUGGAAGAAUAUCGAUGCUAAUGAAAGCGGAUAUGAGGCAUUUGUAAAGAAUUUGUCCGGCUGUUCACCCUUGGCUUUUGCAAUGGGAAAAUCCCCAGGAGGUGUGUUUGAAGCUGCUGCGAUGAAUCGAGAGGUGGAUUAUUUGGCUGGUGCAAAUGAAUUGGCAUUUUGUGGCAAGAGUCCCAGUCUUGGAACAGGAGCCAACAUUGAGCUUUUCUUCAAAGAGGAUAAGGGACCUGUUUCACGGUUUCCAGACUUCGAAUCACUAGUUUUUUCGAGAAGAGUUGUUGACGACACUGUGUCGGCCACGCUCAGCGCAAAGGACAGAGAAAUUGUCUGGGCAAGGAUAGAUCAACGCUCUCAAAAGCUGCAUGACAUAUUAAGAAAAAGUUUGACAGGAACUCCGGUUUCAGCAGCAAAUGAAGCUGUAAUCUUAGAUACUUUGAAGUAUCACCCAAUGAUGGACAGUAAAGUGGGGUGUGGUGUCAGGCAUAUAAGAGUUGAUAAUCAUCACAGCUUUGGCGGUCGAUGCUUUCAUAUUGUUCGACUGGAUGGAAGUGUAGAGGACUUUUCUUAUCACAAGUGCCUGCUAGAAAGAAUCAAGGGCAAUACGGUCUUGGUUCAAAGGUACAAGAAGAAGUUUAUGGGAGGAAAGAAUGGACGCAAGGAGGAGGUUCCAGUCGAGAUUUUCUCACAGAAAAACGACACAGGUCUCAAGUCUUUUUUACAACCAAAAGUGAAUGAAGAGGAGGGGUUUAUGGAUGUUAUUGGCAAGCUCUGUUCUUUAAAAAUAUCUUGAAGGUAGAAUGUAUGACAAGAAAACCCAUGGGUUUUUACUGGUAAGUCUUGCAGGAAGUCCUGCCUUUCGUCUGUGUUU